AUGCUGGUCGACUUAGGGUUCCUUUUAGUUUCUCUUUUCUGCAUACAUGCUCAGUACCAGCCACCGACCACUCGCUACGUGGUGGUGAUUACGGAACCGCCUCGACCACCACCACCACCACCAGGUCCUCUGCCACCAGCUCCUCCAGGUCCCUACAAUGGUCCGGUGAUGCCGCCCGGCCCUCCUAGUCCUGAUCUGCCUCCAUAUGUGCCUGAUUUUCCUACAAAUGAAUAUGUACAGGAGUCGAUUGUCAGCUGUGCAGAUACCUUGGACAAAAUGGAGAAGGAAACGCGUAACAAGAAAAAUGCCAAGCUCUUCAGAAAGGCCUCUAAAUCUCUACGAAAGCUGCGCCGCUUCAACUUUGAUAAAGACACGCUACGUCAGGUGCCGGGAAAUGUGCAACGAAUGAACAAUGCUCGUAACAUGUAUAAGAACAAAUGUCAGCGGAGAACAUCCGAUGCUAGCAACUAUAACCAACUCGACAACCAGUUUGCCGAUGACAACGACGAUAAGGAAUGGUACAGUCCGAAGAAUCCAAAACGUGUAGCCAGAGUACAAAGCACCAUGGAUGCGGCCAGUCAGUGCAUCGAAGACUAUUGCGGAUAUUGA